AAAAACGUUAAAUUUCAAAAUAGAGUUUUUACUUUUUUUUCCUUAAAUAGGAGUAUGUUACUACCAACCUAGAAAAUUUACUGUCAUGUUUUGACAUUACCGGACUUUAACCAUUGUAGUGUGUUUCUAAUACUUAAGAUUAAUUUAAAAGGAUUAAUAGUACUACUUAUCGUACAGUACUGUUUUAUUUUAUAAAGAGUAAUAUCAAAAUGGAGAGUCAAAUAUUUUGUAUUAUUCUUCUUGGUCAUCAACAGCCGAUGCCAUGCUUAUAUACACUUGAUGAUAGUAACGUAAAUGAAUACAACAGCUAUUGGCCUAUUGCGGACUAACUAAAAAGUAGGAAACUAACAAUAAUUAUCAUUAAUCUAUACAACACGUAGUCUAGCUAACGGAACACUAUUCCCUUGGUGAAUGAAUCUGGACAUCCACGUGUGAGUCUCUAAAAUUAAUAUCCAAACAAAAUAAAUAUUAUCUCCAACAUCCCCCUCAAGAUGGAGCAUGAGGUCACAAAUGCCCAUCUUGGUGAGUAGAUACGAAAAUUGGUGUGCACCAAGGGCUUUAGUGAACAAGUCAGCCAUCUGCUCCGUGGUAGAUUUAUACGCAGAAGAGAUAGUGCCAGACUGAAUAUGAUCCCGAAUAAAGUGACAGUCUAGUUCAAUGUGCUUAGUCCUCUCAUGAUAGACCAGAUUAGAGGCAAUAUGUAUAGCCGCUUUAUUGUCACAAAAUAAUUGUACAGGAAAAGAAUGGCGGACGCCUAAUGAAUGAAGCAGAUUCUUUAACCAAAUAAGUUCACAAGUCAAGGUGGACAUAGAACGAUAUUCGGCUUCGGCUGAGGAACGAGAAACCGUGACCUGCUUCUUUGUCCUCCAAGAAAAAGGAGAACCUCCAAGUGACACAAAAUACCCAGUAACAGACCGCCGCGUAAGGGGAUAACUGGCCCAGUUGGAAUCACAAAAUACCAGUUAAGGUGAGAUUGGAAUCAGACCGAAGAAAAAUCCCUUGACCAGGAUGGCUUUUGAGAUACCGCAGGACACGUACCACCGCCUCCCAAUGAGCCAUGCGCGGAUGUUGCAUAAACUGGGAAAGUAUAUGAACAGAGUAACUAAUAUCGGGGCGAGUUAAAGUAAGAUAAAUAAGUUUUCCAACUAGCCUCCGAUAUUGUUCAGGAUCAGAAUAAGAAGGUCCUUUGUCACAUUGUAACCCAUGGUUUUGGACCAUAGGAAAUGCAACGGGUUUGGCUCCGAUCAAACCGGUUUCAGCAAGGAUAUCUAGCACAUAUUUUCGUUGACACAAAAAUAUACCGGUGAGAUUACGGGCAACUUCAAUACUCAAAAAAUAUUUCAUAAGUCCAAGAUCCUUAACUGGGAAAGAACGUGCAAGAUAGCUCUUAAAUUCAACAAUCAUACCAUGGUCAUUCCCUGUAAUCAAUGGGUCCUCAACGUAGACCAAUACACAUAAAAUACGAUUCUCUUCGAAGUGUAAAUAAUGAAUAGUCCACGUGGGACUGGCAGAAACCAUAUGCGCGAAGAGAAGAUGUGAGUUUGGAAAACCAACACCUUGGGGCCUAUCGGAGCCCAUAUAAGGACCGAAGUAACCGACACACCUUCCCGGGAGUAGAAGAGGAAUAACCAGGUGGAAAAUGCAUAUAAACCUCUUCUUGAAGGUCCCCGUGCAGGAAAGCAUUGUCCACGUCCAUAUGAUGCAACUCCCAGUGCUGAGAAGCCGCCACGGUUAAAAUGGUACGAACAGUCACCAUUUUAGCAACCGGAGCAAAAGUCUACGUAUAAUCGAUUCCCUGCACUUGUUUGUUUCCGCACACGACGAGCCGGGCCUUGUAUCGAUCAAUAGAUCCAUUGUUAGAUUAUUGGACUUAUACUACAUGUAAUAUUCACAAUAUAUUAUUUAUCGGGUUUAAUUGUAUGUUAUAUGCUAUCUUAUAUUUAGGCCCAAAAAUUAGUGGUCCUAUGGAUAUUAAUUUAAGUGGGCUAAUAAGUUAUCUAAUAAGGUAUAGGGCCCAAAUGUGUAGAGACCCAUGGGCUUGACCUAAUCAAUGAUGGGCUGAUUAGGGUUAAGCACUCUAUAAAUAAGGGGUUAUGGUCCCUAGUUGAACGCGUCAUUCCGUCUUUCUGCAUCCCAUCGCUAGAGAGAUAAUCCCGAGGGUGUGUAUCAACUAGAAGACGCAAACCCUAGCCUCCGUCUCCCGGAUCCCUAAAGAUCAUCUCCCAUGGAGUCAGGUACGCUUCCGCUCAGUUAAUUCUCCAGAUAAUUUCAAUAUGAAGAUUAAAGUAUUCAUGGAUUUAUUACAACAAUUGGUAUCAGAGCCUCCUUCAUAUUGAAUUAUUUGGAGUAUUCAUAAUUGUUUCAAUCUUGAAUGAUUGAAUUUAUGGAAUUUCUUUUGUCAUAUGAUCUGUCGAUUAAAUGGAAUCAGGUAAUGCGAUUUUGCUUUUAUGCAAUUCGCGCCUAAUGUACCUAAUGUAUUCAAACAUAAAAUCAAACGGAAUCAUUAUGUUUCGUAAUUUUUUUCUGAAUCGGCGAUUGAAUUUUGGAGUAAGGUGUUUUUUUUUGACAUAAAAUCUGAUAAAAUCUGUCGAGUCAGUCGCGUUUGAGAUGCUGCGUUUGGGAUGCUGCGUUUUGUAAUCUUUCUUUGUAUCUGCUUAUUUGAAAUCGCAAUAGCGAUAAAGUAUGGAAUAAGUGGAGUCAGGUCAUUCACACGGAUUUGGGAACUAGCCACGUACGUUUGGAGUUGUUUAUAGUUUAAUAUCUAUUCUUGUUAUGUUUCCAUUUUUCAGUCAAUAAAAGGUGAUUGAUAUCACUUUUAUUAUUUGGUUCUAGAUUUUCAGUAAUUACUAAUUAGUCUUUGAGUGAUCCGUGCUAUAUGAAUAUGGGUGAUUCCAGUAUUGAUGUUACCUUAUUUACGAAGUAUUACAUUGGAAUCUUUUAUUGACGUUUUAGAAGUUAUCUGGAUAUGGAAAAUUGUAUACGAAUAUCAAUUUCAAUUUUGAUAUGUUUUCUUUUUAGUGAAUCAAUUUUGGAAACUUCUAUGACUUUGGUAAUUAAAUACAUAUAUGUGAUUACGGUGAAUGUCAGUUCUAUUAGAAUCAUAUAUUUGGAAAUAAAUUACUUUUGAUGGUGAUCAUGAUUUACAGUUUGAAAAUGUGUUAUGUGUUAUGGAUGUAUAAACCCCAUUUUGUGAUCGCACACCAAUUGGGUAUGGGUUUUACAAAUUAUCGUUAUACAUAAUACAUUUGCAUGUGAUUUAAAAAAAAAAAAUUGCCCAAAUUUUAUUUUUCAGAUUUUCGAGUUAAUAUUAGCAUGUCUAAUAUUUGAGUUAGUUAAUUGAUACAACAUGCUGCCAAAGUAGCCUCUCUUGUUGAAAUUAAUUAACUCAUAUAUUAAGAUGAUUGUGUAUUUUCUUAUUUCAUGCGGAUAAUAAUCGGCCCAAAGGAAGGUUAUUAUUUGGCCGAAAUUUAAGUACAUUUGUGAUAAUAAAAUUUGUGAUGAUUAUGAAGUUUUUCGUGUGAAUAUUAAGUCGGUCCAAAGAAAGGCUUAGUAUUUGACAUGAUUUUAUUAUCAAAAUUUUAUUAUUACGCCAAGAGUACCACUUGCAAGUCUAAUUUAUGUCCAAAGACAAGAUUAGAUGUUGCGUUAGGUAUCUUGUGAUGGGGAUUGCUAAUAUUUAAAUUUAAAAUUAAUUAUCAAACUAAUUUCAGUACAUAGAGCAUAUCAUUUAUAUAUUUUUUUGUUCUCUUUCAGUCAAUAAUUCUGCUGCUACAAUAUCUGCUAAUAUUAAUAGCAUCCCAGUGCUUAACGGCACGAAUUUUAUGGAAUGGAAAGAGAACGUUAUGAUCGUUCUCGGUUGCAUGGAUCUAGACCUUGCACUUCGGACUGAGAAACCCGCCGCUCUUAAGGACACAUCUACCCUUGAUGAAAAGAGGGAGAUGGAGAGGUGGGAACGCUCAAACCGCAUGAGUCUAAUGAUCAUGAAACGUGCAAUUCCAGAAUCAUUCAGGGGCACAAUGUCUGAUGAGGCUGAUGCCAAAUCGUUCCUUGCCGAACUUGAAAAGCGUUUUGCUAAAAACGAAAAGGCGGAAACUAGUACUCUUUUGAGCACUCUUGUUUCCAUGAAGUAUAAAGACAAAGGGAACAUAAGGGAGUACAUUUUGGAAAUGUCUCACAUUGCUUCAAAACUAGGUGCACUGAAGCUUAUUUUACCUGAGGAAUUGCUUGUGUAUUUAGUUUUGAUCUCUCUUCCUUCUCAAUUUAAUCAAUUUAAAGUCAAUUACAACUGCAUUAAGGAGAAAUGGUCUCUCAAUGAGCUCAUUUCUCAUUGUGUUCAAGAAGAAGAGAGAACAAAGCAAGAUAAGACAGAAAGUGCUCAUUUAGCAUCUACCUCUAAGGGCAGCAAUAAAAGAAAAAUUAAGGAAGCUGCAAAUUCGGGGCCUCCCAGGAAGCAUCACAAGGAAACUAAGGAAGAAACUAAGGAAUCUGGAUGCUUCUUUUGCAAAGGGACUAAUCACAAGAAAAAGAACUGCACUAAGUACCAUGCUUGGCGUGCGAAAAAGGGGUUGCCUGAGCUGCCGAAAACCAAUUGAUGGUGAAAGAUACAUCUAUGUCGGUGAUGGCAAGCGGGUUGAAGUUGAGGCUAUCGGUGUUUUUAGAUUAUUAUUAAAUACUGGUUUUUAUUUGGAUUUGAAAGAGACAUUUGUUGUGCCGUCAUUUAGGCGGAAUUUAAUUUCUAUUUCUGCAUUGGACAAAUUUGGUUAUUCUUGUUCAUUUGGAAAUAGUCAGUUCAGUCUAUUUCAAGAUUCAAAACUUAUUGGUACUGGUCUUUUAUCAGUUUAUGAUAAUCUAUAUUCACUUGA